AUGCUCACUCUCCUGUCCGUUCCUCAGAUUGUGUCCAGUUUCAAAGCCACCACGUCUCGUGCAGUGUGUCAGCUGGUCAAGGAGUACGUGGGACACCGGGAUGGGAUAUGGGACCUGGCCGUGACUCGGGUUCAGCCGCUGGUUCUAGGCACAGCUUCAGCCGAUCACUGCUCCAUGCUGUGGAGUAUUGAGACUGGAAAGUGCUUGCUAAAAUAUGCUGGUCACGCUGGAUCAGUCAACUCCAUUAAGUUCCACCCCACAGAGCAGAUGGCGCUUACAGCGUCCGGAGACCAGACGGCACACAUCUGGCGUUACAUGGUACAGCUGCCGCUUCCUCAGCCCCCAGCAGACAUCAGCGCCUCGCUGGACGAUGACGUGGACUUCUCUGAUAAAGAUGAGGCCGAUGGGGAGGCAGAUGGGCCCAAUGAAUGCCCCACUAUCCGUAUCGCCACAACGACCUUGAAGAGCCACCAGGGUGUGGUGAUAGCAGCUGAUUGGCUGGUGGGAGGAAAGCAGGUGGUCACUGCAUCCUGGGAUAGAGCCGCCAACCUCUAUGAUGUAGAAACCUCAGAGCUGGUGCACGCCCUCACAGGUCACGAUCAAGAGUUGACCCACUGCUGUACUCAUCCCACCCAGCGUCUGGUGGUGACCUCAUCCAGGGACACCACCUUCCGUCUGUGGGACUUCAGAGAUCCCUCCAUCCACUCAGUGAAUGUCUUCCAGGGCCACACCGACACCGUGACAUCAGCCGUGUUCACCGUGGGGGACAAUGUGGUGUCAGGAAGUGACGAUCGCACCGUCAAGGUGUGGGACUUGAAGAACAUGAGAUCUCCGAUUGCUACCAUCCGCACAGACUCAGCCGUUAAUAGGAUAAGUGUCUCAGCGAACCAAAGAAUCAUCGCUCUGCCACAUGACAACAGGCAGGUCAGGCUGUUUGACAUGAGCGGGGUCCGUCUGGCCCGUCUCCCACGGAGCAACAGACAGGGCCAUCGGCGCAUGGUGUGCUGCUCUGCCUGGAAUGAGGAGAACCAAGCUUGUAAUCUGUUCACCUGCGGCUUCGACCGCCAGGCUAUCGGCUGGAACAUCAACAUCCCUGCCCUGCUCCAGGAGAAGUGACACGCUCACGGUUCAGUUUUACACACAUACAAGCUUAACACGUCCGUCAGUGCCACACCUGCAGUAGAUUUUAAAAGAACACAUUCACGUUGUGUGUGAUAACAAGACUCUGGUUUUCAUCCCAGUUGGUGUCUGUGGUCGCUGGCCGGCGGUCAUCAUCCCGUCAUGCCUUCUGACGUGUGUGCAAAACUCAAUUUCAUGGAUAUUUUGCAUAUCUAGCCCUGCGCUGUCUGCUCUGAGGUCAUAUAGUGUGGUGAACUUCCUCCCAGUCUUGUUACCCAGUUUUUACAUGUUUGCAUGAUUCAAACGGAGACUCGUCAAUCCUGCGAGACCGGGACAUGGCCUGCUGCUGUUACAUUCAAGUAAUUUUUCACUUUAGUGCUAUUUUUGUUAUGCAAUGUUCUUUGUAAAGAUGACUUUUUAUUUUACGUUAGCAUUUUAGAGUUGUUUUUUUGUAUAGAGUUCUGCUUUGCUUUUUAUAGAGAUGAGAUGUGCAAAAGAAACGUAGAGCGCACUGCCUUUGUGAAUGGAAAUCAGCAAUCACAUUUACGUUUUACCUUGAUGUUCUGAUUGGAACCGCCAUUCGAGCAGCCUGUCAGUAUUGCCGCAUGACAAACCCACCUCUCUUGUCAAAUAUGUGAAGCAAAAUGCUGUAUAAUUGCUGUGUAAUCUUGUUCACCCCAUUGAAAACGACCUUUGUAAGUAUUGAAUGAUUAUGAAGUCCUACGUGUCAUGUUCACUUCCAUUUCAAGGGCUUUCAAGUCGUGUAGAAGUAAAUAUUUGAAUCAACGCAUCUGAAUUCAGAACAAGUUCACAUGUUGUUCAUUACUGUAGUUUUUAUAUGAAAGAGUCGUUUGCGGCAGCAAGUUUUCGAUAUUGUAAUAUUCGUCGGUAAUCAUCGGACCAAAUAUCAAUGCCUUGCUCAGUGUGAUCUGCUGACACUUGAAAGGCUUUCUGAUGUACUUUGGACUUCUUGUGAUGUGUGAACCACUGUGCUUAGCCGUGUCUACAGAAGCCUCGAUUGAAUGACUUUCGACAUUCAUUAAUAAUCCUUAAACGGAAGUGUGUUACAGUUGGUAUCGUUACCGCAUUACUGGGCUUUCACCAGAACUACAUUGGACUGCGCUAGGAGUCUUGGUGGAAAGUGUCAGUUCUUUUCACGUAGACAGUCUGUUAAAUCUGUUAGGUCUAACAAAAAGAUGUUUAUGAUGUGAUGUAUAUUAGUGAUGCCCAUGUUUAAUGGACUGUAUUUGACUUUAGAGGUGAAAUGUACGCCGAGACGCAUAUAAAACAGCUCAUCUUUUAUCCAGCUACAACAGUGCAUAUGACCCAUCAGAACGUCCUUUAAAAAUGAGUCUGAUCUCCAACAUUUUAGUUGUCUUUAACUUGCUAUAAUGUUUUGUAUUGAGCCAUUUCACUUUUUUUUAUUUAAGAGCAACUUAAUUUGCUGUAUUGGAGAAACAUAUGGCAUCAAAUACUAAUAAUAAAGAGAUACAGAAUCAAAAUCAUUCACUGCUGGGCUUUAGAGUAAAGUGAAGAUAUCUUUCAACAAUCACAUCGUUUUGGUUGAAUCUACAAUUGAAUUGUACUAAUGAUAGUGUGUGCGCAUCUAUUUAAAAAAUAAUUU